GAAGCAGGAGCUGCCGCCGCCGCUGCGAGGCUGAGGGAGAAUUGCUGAGCGCCUCGGGACUGGAUGGCCCUGGCUGAGAGUGGCUGGUGCCUGCUGAAGCGCUGCGGCCCCGACGACUUGCCCUACUCGUUGGCACCCCGGGAGCUGCCCUGCCCUUCGCCGUCGCCCUCCUCGUCCUCAGGCUGCUCCCCUGGCGGCAGCGGUAGCGGCGGCGGCGGCGGCCGGACCUUCAAGCAGGAGCCGGGAGGAGCGCUGCAGACCUCUCAGCCGCUGGGCCUCCCUGACGGCCGGUCCUUUCUGGGCCCCUUCGUCUCCCUGGCCGCGGCACCGUCCGGCCUUUCCAGCUGGGAGGACGUGCUGCUUUUCGCGGACCUGGAUCAGGCCAACAAGCUCAUCUGGUCCAGCCGCACGUCGGCCAAGUUGAGCCCGGAUCCCUCACAGCCGCUACCGCAACAGCAGCCGCCACCCGUCGAGGAUAUGUACCACCACCCGCACGCGCAUCACCACCCGCACCACCAGGGCCUGCAGCCGGGCCCCUACGACGGCUCGUCCCCGGGCACGGGCGGCGCAGGCGGCGGCUUCGUGCCCUCCUCGGCAGGAUCGCCCGUCUACGUGCCUACCACCCGCGUGAGCUCCAUGCUGCCUUACCUGCCCAGCACCCCGGGGCCCGGGCAGGCCGGUGGGCCGGCGGCAUGGCCACCGCAAGCGGGCCCAGAAAGCCCCUCCGCGCCCUACGGUGCCACGGGUGGCGGGUGCGCCCACCCGGCGUCUGGCCGCUUCAGCUACCCGGCCAGCAGCUCGCCGGCGAGCAACGGCGCCGCCCGGGAGUCGGCCGCCUACAGCCCCCGCGAGCAGUUCCGGCCCUUGAACGGAUCCUAUUACGCGCCCUACGUGGGUUCCCAGUUCACCAGCCCGGGCUGGGGAAGCCCCUUCGACAACUCCAUGCUGCACUGCCUGCCCAGCCGGGCCGGGCCCCUCGCCGUGCGGCCUUCCAGCGCAGAGCUUCUGGAGGAUCUCUCUGAGGGCCGGGAAUGUGUCAACUGUGGCUCCUACCAGACCCCCCUGUGGAGAAGGGAUGGAACUGGCAACUAUCUCUGCAAUGCUUGUGGGCUGUACACCAAAAUGAAUGGACUUAGCAGGCCUCUCAUUAAGCCUGCGAAGAGAGUGCCUUCUUCGAGAAGAAUGGGUUUGUCUUGCGCCAACUGUCACACUACGACCACCACCCUCUGGCGCAGGAAUGCAGAAGGAGAGCCUGUAUGCAAUGCCUGUGGCCUGUACAUGAAACUUCAUGGGGUGCCCCGACCCCUUGCUAUGAAGAAAGAGGGAAUUCAAACCAGGAAACGAAAACCAAAGAACUUGGCUAAGACAAAGUCAUGCUCGGGUAAUAAUAGCAAUAAUGCCGUUCCUAUGACUCCAACUUCCACGUCUUCUACGAACUCAGAUGACUGCCGAAAAAAUGCUUCCCCUAGCACACAAACCACAGCCUCAGGGGCAGUUUCUUCAGUGAUGUCCGGCCGGGGAGAGAAUGCCAGCAGUCCCGAGACUAGCACACUCAAAUAUUCCGGCCAGGAAGGGCUUUAUUCGGGCGUCAGCUUGGCCUCCACUGCAGAAGUCACGGCCUCUGUGAGACAGGAUUCCUCCUGGUGUGCCUUGGCUCUAGCAUGAAGUGGUGAUGAGUCAGUGGUGCUGGAUCCAUGCACUGGGCAUCAGCCAGCCAGCGACACUUGUGUUUUUUGUUUUGUUUUGUUUUGUUUUGUUUUGUUUUGUCCCAAGAAGCAGUGACUAUGAUGACAAGGACAUUCCUUGCCAGUCAUUUUUGUGCCUUGAUUCUAGCGUGUGUGCGCGGGAAGGGGGGGUGUUUUUUUCCUUCUCAUGGUCUCUGUUUGAUUGCCCAGAUCCUCAGCUAUGCAAGACAACCAAGGGAGUCCAAACCACUUCUUAGCUCAACAAGGAGUGCCCAUCUACACUGUUGCUACAUCUUCACCACAACCACCAGUGCUGCCUCGUGUAUUUGUGGAUUGUGUAUUUUUUCUCCCCCAUCCCCACUCGACCAACAUCCAAGAUCUGAUUGGUAUUGAUAUUAUUGUAAGACGAAGUAGGCAAAGCUUGCAUUAUAGAGCAACACAGAAGAGCUAAGCAACAAGUGAGCAUAUAUUGAACUUCACAGUUCGAUGCAAUCUCUUCUUGCAUGUCAGUGUUUCAGCUAGUGCCGUCCACUCACGACAUGCCCAUAUUUCUGAGUAGCUUUUCCGAAGCAGACUUCCAAUACAGCCUAAUGAAGGAAAGAAACGUAUUUUGGUACCCCCCCUUCUCCCAUUAGAACUGGCUAUCGAGAACUUUUGUUUAAAAUAUUUGCAUUGUUGUUUUUAACAUAUACUGUGAUGGAGGAGGACAGAGCGUCUAUGUUGUGGCUGAACUGUAUGUAGUCAGUCAGAAUUUGUAAACAGGGUAGCAUUCAGAUUUUUUUCUCCCCCUUCCAUAUACACAAUAAUUUUGUUUUUUAUAUAAAAAGUGCAAUUUGUCUUGCAGCAAUCAGUGUUAAAUCAUCAGCAUAAGAUUUAACAACAGUUUUUAUAUGAAUGAAUGGAAUGAAUGUAAACAUUUUAACUUAAUGGUACGUAAAUAAUUUAAAAGAAAAAAGUUAACUAGGCAUCCUUUUGUUGCAAGUUUUUUUUUUUUUACUGUAACAGAAAACAUUUUUUCUGUGUUUCUGAUUUAUAAAGUACAAGUUUCAAGAACAAACGUUUUCUCAGGAAAAGAAAUUGACCCUACCUGUCUAUCUGGACAUGAGCUUUUAUAUACGCAGUCAUCCCCACUAUCUUGCCACGGAAUAAAGUAUGUGCUAGAAGAAUUAUCAGUUGCAGUGAAACAUUACUACCUAAUGGAUAAAGUAUGUAAAUACUCCAACAAAAUAUUUAGGCAUCUUUAAAGUACUGGAUGCAAUCUGUAUAAUGUACCUGACCCAUAGCUAGGUUGGUUUACAUUUUUUUAAAAGGGAUGUCAAUGUGAAAAGUUUUCACCAGAGGUUUAAAAAUAAAAAGGUUAUGUGUUUUUC